AUGCUAUCCAAUCUGUUUUCGACAGCCUUGUUGGCAAUCGCAACUCUGCAAAGCCAUGUUUCCGCCAGUCCCACAGACAUGGUGCCUCGCGCCGCGGCCGUCUCCCACGAUGGGCCGCAAGUUGUUGUAGAUCCUGCCGGCGUCUACAUGCGAGUCACACGUCUGCACGACGGCAGUCUGCUGGGCGGCUACGCAGCUGGUGACGGCUCCAACAAGGUGCUGCGCGUCACCAAAUCCACUGAUGAGGGUACCUCGUGGAAAGUGAUUGGAGCAGUUGACAGUCAGCCCUCUGUCUCGCACGACCUGGACAACGCGUUCCCUCUACAGCUUCCUGGCGGCCGCAUUGUCUUUGCGUUCCGAAAUCACGAUCUCGACGGCAACAAAAAGCCUACAUACUUUCGACUUACUGUAUGCUACUCGGACGAUGGCGGUGUCAGCUGGAAGUAUCUCUCGCAGAUUGACGAGCGGGCCAAGAACGGCGUAAACGGCCUUUGGGAACCGUUUCUGAGGAACGCAAGGGACGGCUCUCUACAGGCCUACUACUCCUCGGAAAACAGUGGCGGCGAUCAGGAUAAUCUGAUGCGAAUCUCUCGUGAUGGUGGAAAGACUUGGUCUGGACCCCGCCCUGUGUCUGGUGUUGAUCGAGAUGGAACCCGCGAUGGCAUGACGGGCGUUGCCGAAGUCAACGACAAUGGCAGACUCAUUUGCGUUUUCGAAAACACAGAGGCAGGCUACUUUACCGUCGACGCCGUGUACUCCGACGACGACGGCCUCACCUGGCAGCAGGGGAACCGCCAGCGCAUCUACACGGCCGCGAACCGCCGCGAGGCUGGCGCGCCCUCCGUGAUCAACGUCGGUGACACUCUUGUCGUCGACUUCAUGACCAACGAGAACACGAAUACCCCCCAGCUCGAUGGUGGACAGAUGAAGGUUGUCACGAGCACCGACGGCGGCAAGAGCUGGGGCGGCGCUACGGUGACUGGCGAGGCGGGCUCGCACUGGCCUGGCAUGGUUGCUCUCAACAAUAAUGGAUUUCUGGCACUCUACUCGCAGAAUGGCCAUGGACUUGUUAGCCAGAAGUACCGUGUGUAG